CAAAAUAAUAUGUGCGUCUAAUUCGACCCUCGACCUCGCACACUCUCUCGCGGAUCAAGUUCCGGUAGCCGGCAUCCGUUGUAACUCAAGCCUGAAAUUAGAGAGCAGUCAAAAUGGCAUCCUUAAUGAGAUUAAGUGUAAGGAGGGCUGCCUCCAAUGUCUCCAAAACGCCCAAGAGGAACUUCCAUGACAAACUAUAUGCCGACAGACUGGACUACCCCGCCCCCAACUGCAGAUUCAUGAAGGAAGCUGACCUCUCAUCAGACAUGCAAGCACUCAAAGUCAAAGAGAGGGGUGACUGGAAAGCCCUGUCACAAGCUGAGAAGAAAGAAUUGUACAGGAUGAGCUUCAACAAGACCUACUCUGAAAUGAGGGCACCCACCGGUGAAUGGAAAUACAUCAUUGGUGGAGUGAGUAUAGCCCUGGCUUUCUCUGCUGUCAUCUAUGGUUUCCAGAAGGCCUACAUCUCGCCGCCCCUGCCACACACCAUGUCACCCGAGUGGCAAGAAGCCCAGCUCAGACGCGAGAUUGCUAUCAGGAAUGGUCCGGUCACCGGCACAGCAUCCAAGUGGGACUACGAGAAGAAUGAAUGGAAGAAAUAAACCACCACCGUACCAAACUUAUGUCCUCAAACCUGUAUAUUUGAUAUGAGAAAUAUUCAUAGCUUGCUAGAUAGGCUCUAAAUUAUCCUCAGGACAUUAAUCUAAAUGCAAAUGGGAUUGUUGUGUCUUACUAUCAGUGUCGUGAUUAAAUCUUGAUGGAAAUUUAUUUGUAGAUGAGAAAAAUAUACAUUCAUUUCCUUCAUAAGUAUCAAGCUGGUAAGAUUCUUGCCUGUUUGCAAAACCAACACCAAUCGAGGUACAAUUCUAAUAACUACACAGUAGUAGGUUUGAAAUUAGCAACUUGUGAAGAUCUCUUGAAAUAUAGUUAUUUUAAAUGCUAUUUGGUGUGAAAGUCAAUACAGUGCUACAAAUAUUAUCCACAAUAACUUGAUGUGCAAGAUAUAUUACUUCAUUUUGAUUACAAGGAAUUAACUUAUGAAUGUGGCUUGUAAUUAUUACAUUAACAGAUGAAAUGGUAAAGAAAAGAAUCAUAUUUCCAUAGUGAUGUGUUUUUAAUGGUUUUCUUUGAAGUUGGAUUUUUCCCAGAUUAUUGAUUUUCUCCAUGUUUUAGAUUGAUGUCUUGAAAUAUCAGAUGCAAAAUUAAAAUGUUUUGAACAUUUUAUGCCAA